AUGGAGCUGAAGAAGGACAGCAACGCCGUGUCCAUCGACAUGCUGCUGAUCGUGCACUCGGAGAAGCGGCGCGCCGCGCAGGGCACGCACUCGGACCGGCAGGCGGACCCGCGCGCGCUGCCGCAGCGCAGAGGAGGAAUCCAGGGCAUCGGAAAUGGAAUCCGGAGAUGGCAGAAAUUCGAAGGAAGUGACGUGCAUGGAAGCCUGACGGAGAAAGAGCAUCCUCAGCAGACCCAGGUCAUCACUUCCUACAACAACCAAGGGACACAGCUGACUGUGGAGGUCCACCCCCAAGAUGCCAUGCCCCAGCUGCUCAAGAAGUUCUCCUUGGCUAAACGCUUACAAGGUGAUAAAAAUGGAAACACAAGACCCCGGCAGCCUGGAGCAAAAGAUGCCCAUGCCUACCCCUGGGAUCGGUCCAGCCUGAAAUCCAUGCCCCUGGACCUGCGGCAGUUUGAGAAACUGGACACCUAUGCCUCACAGGUGACAGUCAAGAAUGGCCUGGACGAGCUGGUGAGUGACCUGCUCCAGGAGGCCCACAGUGACCUGGAGAGGGUCCGCGUGAUCUGGAUCUGGAUCUGCCACCACAUAGAGUACGACAUCGAGGCUGCCCAGGAGAAGGACCGCCAGGCCUUCAAGCCCACCGACAUCCUGCGGACCCAGAAGACCAACUGUGACGGCUACGCUGGACUCUUUGAGAAAAUGUGCAGGAUCGCCGGGGUGCAGUGCAUGACUGUGCCUGGCUACUCCAAGGGCUUUGGCUACCAGACGGGGCAGAGCUUCUCAGGGGAGUUUGACCACGCCUGGAACGCCGUGUACCUGGAGGGGAGAUGGCACCUGGUGGACAGCACCUGGGGCAGUGGCCUGGUGGAUUCUACCACCUCCAAAUUCACCUUCCUCUACAAUGAAUUCUACUUCCUCACCCAUCCUGCCCUGUUCAUCGAGGACCAUUUCCCAGACAACAAGAACUGGCAACUGCUAAAACCUCCUCAAUCCCUGAAGCAGUUUGAGAGCAACAUGUAUCACAAGAGUGAAUUCUACAACAAGGGAAUGCUGAGUGCCCACCCAGAGACUUCUGUGAUCAAAACAGUAAACGGGAAGGCCACCGUCACCAUCGAGAGCUGUGCCCCGACACUCUUCAUGUUUAUGCUCAAUGGCAAGCAGGAGCAAGGGCUGCUGAGCCUCAGGAAGAACGGGAUGAAGCUGGACAUAUACCCUCCAACGGUGGGCACCCACAAGCUGCAGAUCUUUGCCAAAGGCAACUCUGACAUCUACAGCUCAGUGCUGGAGUACACGCUCAAGUGCAACUACGUGGACAUCAGUGUCCGGCUACCGGCCGAGCUGCACCAGCCCGUGGGCCCCAGCUGGUUCUCGGAGCAGAUGGGCAUCGUGAAGCCCUCCCACCCCGACCCCAUCAUCCACACCAGCGACGGGCGCUGCUCGGUCAGCUUCGGCGUGGAGGAGGGCAUCAGCGUCCUGGCUUCCCUGCACGGGGACGAGGGCCCCAUCACCGAGGAGACGCAGCGGCGCUACAUCUUCCAGGUGCAGCGGCAGAAGCGGGCAGAGCUGAAGGUCCAGCUGCCCCAGGCCGGCAAGUUUGCCCUCAAGAUCUUUGUCAAGAAGAGGCUGGAGCCAGGCAACUACGUCUUCGUCUUCAAUUAUCUCCUGUGCUGCACCAACACCAAGGUGAACUGGCCCAUGUUCCCCGAGAGCUUUGGCAACUGGGGGCAGGACAAUGAGCUGCUGGAGCCUCUGUCGGGCGUGCUUCCUGCCAACCGGAACAUCCCGUUCAAACUGAAGCUCCACGGCAUCGCCAAAGCCCUGGUGAAGGGGCAGGACACGUGGCCCCUGACCCUGAAUAGAGAGGGCUACUGGGAGGGCAGCUGCAGCACGGCCGGCUGCCACGAGAUCUACGUCAUGGUGCUGGAGAACGCCAACCACAACUUCUACUCCUACAUCCUGAAAUACAAAGUGAACACCCAGUGA